UGAAAACAGAUUUUAUUUGUUUCUGUAUAAAUAUAAUAGAUAAGUAGAUAAAUAGAGCAUAGUCAUAUACGUUAUAUAUAAUCAUAAUCAUAACAAAGUGUAUAUAUAACAUAUAGUUAUUACAUCAUGAGAUUCGUUACGCACAUUCGAUUCGUGUUAAUAUUGUUUAUUUGAAAGUAUGUUUAUUUAUCACACGUUCGAACGAAGAUAAUGUUAUCGUGGAAAAUGUCACUUUCUCACUUCUAUCUUCGAGAAAAGUGUACGCGCUCUAUUCAAAGUGUCUUAGUCCUUGAACGCCAAAAAUAUAAAAGAAAUAUACUUAUAUUUGAUAGACAUAAGAAUAAUGUGUUUAUUCAAGUGCUCCUUACGCUCUACUAUGAAAAUCGUGCGAUGUACUUUAAGUGUUAAAUAUAAAUCAUCUUACACAAAUAUGUUACCACCGACAUACGUCGAAGGUUUUCAUGAUUUGGAAGCCGUUAAGGCUAUGGAAUAUAGACCUUUCGGCAAAACGGGAUUGAUGGUCAGCAAAUUAUCAUUUGGUGGCGGACCGCUUGGUUGUCAUUAUGGUACGUAUGAUGAAGGUCAAGCAAUUGAAGCGAUACGUCAAGGAAUAAAACAGGGGAUCAAUUACAUUGAUACCGCACCAUGGUAUGGUCAAGGUCGCUCCGAAACUACUAUUGGAAAAGCACUGAAAGGCAUUCCACGUAAAGCAUAUUAUAUCGCGACAAAAGUUGGACGAUAUGAAUUAAAUUACGAAAAUAUGUUCAACUUUUCCAAAGAAAAAACUAGAAGUAGUUUCCUUAAAAGCUUGCAACUUUUGGGUUUGGAUUAUGUUGAUGUCAUCCAAGUUCAUGAUAUCGAAUUCGCACCAAGUUUAGACAUAGUAAUUACACAAACCUUACCAGAACUGUCAAGACAAGUUGCGGAGGGCAAGGCAAAGCACAUUGGUAUCACUGGAUAUCCGAUAUCUAUUUUGAAGGAAUGUAUUGAGAAAAGUAAUAUUAAAAUUUCUUGCGUACUGAGCUAUUCAAGGCAUACGCUAAUAGAUAAUACUUUGUCUGAAUAUAUUCCAUUUUUCAAGGCACAUAAUAUUGGUAUAAUUAAUGCUUCUGCACCAUGUAUGGGACUUCUAACUAAUAAGGGUGCACCAACUUGGCAUCCCAGUUCAGAACAAACGAAAGAAGUAUGUGCAGAUGCUGCUGCAUAUUGUAAGGAUCAUGAUAUAGAAUUAGCCAAGUUAGCAUUAUGGUAUUCUAUGCAAUGCAAAGAUAUUGCUACAUAUUUAGUUGGAAUGCAAAAUUUAAAAGAACUGCAGAUAAACCUUGAUGUUGUUAAAAAUGGAAUUACAGAUAAGGAAAAAAAUGUGCUUCAAGAAAUUCAGAAAAAUCCCCGUUCUCAAAGAUUUUUAAAGUAUCUGAUCUGACAUGGGAUUACAUUCUAUCUACUAUAUUUCUGUGAUAAAUAAGUACCUAUUACACUUAAGUUGAUAUGAAUUUGGUAAGUUGUCAAUUAUUAAAACAAGAGUUCUCGCUUAAUAAAUCAUUUGGACUCAUAACAAUAAGGCAAUGGUUAAUUGACAAUACAUGAAAUAAUUCAAUUAUACUUAUGUCCAAAAUUAAAAAGAUUCAAAAACAGAAAUUAGAGAUUUCUUCUUAUAAUAACGAAAUAUAAAAUGAUCCUUCUUUUCAUUCUAGGUAUUUAUGUAAAAUAACAGAGAAACACUGGGAAAACAAAGAACUUGAAGCAUACUGGGAAUAUAUGAAAAAAUAAGAGAAAUAUAUUUUUUUGCACAUAAUAUCAUUAUACUGUUAAUAUCGUUUUCUAUAAUAUGUUAAAUGCUAAUAUACUAAUAAAUUUGUAUAAUAAAUUUUUUACAAAAACUA